CGCCGAGGACGCAGCUGACGCCGCUGGGCAGCAGCCGAGCCGCCGGGAUGCUCAGGGCUCCCGAGCCGCGGCCCAGGGAGGCGGGGGCGGCCAACCAGUCCAAGCCGCUCACCUCCUUCCUCAUCCAGGACAUCCUGCGGGACGGCGCGGAGAGGCGCGGCGGCCACACAAGCAGCCCGCAGCCCCCGCUCCGGCCGGACCCGCGGCGAGACCAGGAGCCGGAGCCCGAGCGAGGAAGAGGCGGCGCCGGGGCGCCCGAGGACGAGUGGAGAGCCCGGCCCCGCGCCGCGCAGGAGGCCGACGCGCCGGCGGAGAGCGAGCCAGAUAGACACUUUGAGACUUAUCUGUUGGACUGUGAAAACAGUGCAGGCUCCUUACCAAGCCUUCCGCAAACCUCGAAACAGCCACAGAAGCGCUCCCGUGCCGCCUUCUCCCACACUCAGGUCAUUGAGUUAGAGAGGAAAUUCAGCCACCAGAAGUAUCUGUCAGCCCCUGAAAGGGCUCACCUGGCCAAGAACCUCAAGCUCACUGAGACCCAGGUGAAAAUAUGGUUCCAGAACAGACGCUAUAAGACCAAGCGAAAGCAGCUCACCUCGGACCUGGGAGACCUGGAGAAGCACUCCUCCCUGCCGGCUCUGAAAGAGGAGGGCUUAUCCCAGGCCUCCCCCAUCUCCAUGCAUAACAGCUACCCUUACUACCCCUACCUGUACUGCUUGGGAGGCUGGAACCCACCUUUCUGGUAAUGCCAGCGCAGGUGACAGUCAUGAGCAGUCAAACAUUGCCUUCCCCGGUUGCGCCUCUGGAAGGCAAAAGAGGCCAGGCUCGGGGAGGAGGCCUGCAUACUGAUGCCAUUGGAGGUCUGCAUGGACAUCCCAGAUUCUUCCCUGGUGAUCGGGGACAGUGAAUAAUAUCCAAACAGUUCCCCCAACACAUGAUGUGGGACGUUUUUUGCUCUUGGAGACCUCCGUGAAGUGGGAAGGGAUUAAAGUCAAGUGCUCUUUCUAGCACUUCCUAUGAUUUCGUAUGAGCCGUCCUUCUGAGGAUGUCGUUUCCACUCCAUCCUCUUGUGUACCUAACUGCGCAUCAACCCUGAAAGUGCAAACUUGAAGGGAGAAAGGAUGGCCAAGACCAGGGUGUCACCUCCUGAAUUAUACUUAAGUUCGAAAACCUCUCGUUGACCUUGGAAUGCAAUCAAGGUUCCUCUCUGUCCCUGAAAGAGAGAGGAAGGCAGAGGCUCUCACAGAGAAGCCUGUCCUGCUCAACACUGACUGGCGUGGAAUAUGGAGAUGGGUAGGAGGAGAUGAAAAUACAAGCUGCUUCUCUUUCCUUUUUAAAUAAUACGCCAACCUGAGUAUUUACGGGGUGGCCCAAGUAGAACAAGAAGCACUCACUGUGGUUUUGGGACAUGCUGUAUAAACGGAAAUGUGCUGCAAGGGGGGGGGGGGCGGGACAGAAGACUCUCCAUGACCAACAACGGCCUGAGGAGAAGCCUCUGCACUGCGGCUGGGUGGUGGUGGGGUCAUUACAUUUUUGGUUAAUAAAGGUAAAAAAGCCUCCUCUGGACCUUUUUGCCCUGGGCCUGAGAAUUGGAAUGAGUAGUUUCCUGGAGUUUUCAGGCUGUAAUUCAUACUACACCAUGGCAGAUCACAUACUUCUCUCCUGUAAGCUCCUGCCUUCCCUCCUUUUGGUUUUUGUUCCUUUUCCACAACAAUCACCCACCAGAGGGCUUCUUUUCAGCCCAGACUUUUAGUCUGGCUGCACCCAACAUAUGCCUUCCUUAUUUAGCCUGAGAUCUGGUCUUUUUUUUUCCCCCCAAAGCUUUAUCUCUCCUGGGUUUAAAGAAAACAAAAAAGUAGGGUAGGGGGAAGAUUCUGAAUUGGCUAAAAGACAUGCAUUUUUUAAAACUAGCAAUUCUUAUAUUUUUUCUUUAAAAACAUACAUUAAAUCCCAAAUCCUAUUUAAAGAUUUGACAGCUCGAAAAGGUCACUGCUGCUUUUAUAAGACUUUCUGGUGGCUCUGUUGUUGCAGUUCAAAGUCUGACAACCCUCUGGGAUCCCUGCAGGCAGAGAGUUAAGAGGUAUCGGGCUUUCACACACAAGGAGAACACAGGGCAAAACGAAGAGUCAGGCACGGUUGAGCUGUCCAGUGGAAAUGCAGGGUUCAUGGGCAAGGCGUGGAGAAAAGGCAGCCGGGGCCUCGGGGAGCUGGGCUCCUGGCUGCAAGCUGAGGGGGCUGAUAGCACUUUGCCAGCAGGAGCUAAGGAAAAGGAAACCGUUUUCAAGACUCAUUACUGUGGCGUUCAUCACCAAACAAUGAAACCGUCCAAAAACUUUGGGAACUGUAUUUAAUGCCCAUAAAAAGUGGGUCCCCCAAAUGAGUCACCUAGUGACUUCACUGAGAAUGGAAGAGGGCAAAGGAGAAAUCUGGCCAUGCUUCUGUUUCACCCAAUUGUCUCAGGUGACCUGGCAAAGGGGAGAUGUCAGAGUAGGAGAAGCCAGUUACUAAUGAGGUACCCCGAGGCCUGGAAAUCUCUUGAUCCCACUACUUAAUUCUGUUUAGUGAGAAACCAUUCAAUUUCCUCCUAUUAAAAGGGGCGAUUUACUGUUGGUGGCAAAACUGCCAGAGUUGAUAGAAAGUUGGCCCGUUUCACCCCAUUUUCUCCCAUUUGGGCCCCACAUUGAAAUACUGUUAACUCCCCCGGCUGCUGACAAGCACCAGGGUGCAGACGGCAGGCUGGCCUAGAUUGCUUGCUCCUGUUCACAAGGCGUUGAAGAGAAGCAUUCAGUGUCCACUCCCUGCUCGGUACCCUUUCUCACCCACCCUCUCAGUUUAAGUCUUUCCACCUGCAGUCCUGCAAGUAUUAAACAUUUUACUGUGAUGUGUAUUGUGUUGCCAAAAAAAAAAAAAAGUCUUUGUUUAAAAUUAUUGGGUCUUUGAAUCCAUCUUGCUUUUCCUUCAUUGGAGCUAGUCACACCCCCAUCUCCGAACUGGUACAACAGCCCUGGAAGAACUGGUGUCUGGGCAUCUGAUAGGUGAAAUAGAGGGUACCCCUGACCACCUCACCCCAGACAGCCUGCUUCCAUUCCGUACGUUAGUUUGGAUUCUCCACCUGCAUAACAAACUGCUCCGAUCUGUAACAUGAAAGCCUGUGACUUGAAGUUGAGUAAAGUACCCCAACCAAACUUUAUUUUUCUAAGUAUUUUUGGCAAUAUAGGAGUGUUUUUAAAAUAAAGGAC